UAUCUUCUACUUCUAAUACAAUUGUUAUGCCAUAUAAUUCAAGAUUGUGCAUUUGGUCAGAUUUGCAAUCUUCUAAACCGAAUCGGUCAAGAAGUGUUAUUGGCAUUAAUGAACUUAUUACAGCAACAAACCUCUUCAAAGAAUGUUCUGCAUAUUUAGAAUUUACUGCCGAAGAUACUUCUAUAUUCACCCCUGCAGAAGUAGAGAUAAGAAAGAACAAUCUGAUAGAAACCCGUACUAAGAAAUGGAAGGUAGAAAAACAAGAUAAAAGUUCAGAGGAAGAUGAUGAGGAUGAAGGGUACGAAAACCUUAAUCUAAAUAAUCUAAGAGAAGGAGAAGCCUGGUGGAAUUUAGAUAGCAACGAUGAUUUAGCUGUAGAGGAGUACAAAGAAAUUGCUAAUCUUUUUGACUUUUAUUUUGACAAAGAAGAAAAUCUAGUAGCGAUAUAUAACGUCAAGACUCUUCCUAAAGACCAAGAAGAAAAAAUAGAAGUAAUCUUGGAUAAAAAUCCAGAUCUCUUUGCUAAGAGUAUCUCUGAGCUUGAAAAGGAGUUUCUUAAGGAAGAGUUAAAAAUGAUGGAAAAAGAAGGAGUAAUCUGA